AUGAUGCUAAGUCCAGAUCAGACGGAUGCUGACCUGAUGUGGACUCAGACGGAUCCAGACACUGAACUGAACAUGAUCAAAGUGGAGCGUGUACCAGAGAAACCUGUAGCGCUGGAUGGAAAGCCAGCAGCUCUGAGUCGUGAAGAGAAGCGCAGGAGGAGAAGAGCUACUGCCAAGUACCGGCUGGCGCAUGCUACCCGAGAACGCAUCCGGGUUGAGGCCUUUAAUGUAGCAUUCGCAGAGUUGCGAAAGUUACUGCCCACACUUCCUCCUGACAAAAAACUUUCAAAGAUUGAGAUCCUUCGUCUGGCUAUCUGUUACAUAUCCUACCUUAACCAUGUCUUCGAUGUGUAA